UGUGUAAUCGAGGGGAAAAGUGGUUGCAACCAUUUUGCCAUUUUUGUGUCAAGACGUGAAAGGCGAGCCAGUAACCCUUUCUGUCUGUUUCCCCCUGAUUUUUCCAGCUUUGCAUUGUUCUUGGAAAGUUGCGUGCGCCCAGUUGCAAAUUCCCUGAGCCAUUUUGGGAGUCUGCCGCUCUUGGGACCCGUCCCCCUCCAGCUAGCACAGAUAAAGACUCAGUUGGCACUGCUCCAGCUGAAUGCGAUUGCUGGUGGAAGUGUCACUCCCCCUGCAAUUCCCUUACCUUCUUUGACCUUGCUCAACUUUCUUAAGGUCACUAUGUCCCAUCAGAGAUUUAAUCCCCGUGGUGGACAGUUUUCUAACGAUCAGAGGUCCAUUCUGCCUGGCCAGUAUGGUCCUGGAUCACAGUCUGUUAUGGAACUAGGGGCAGGCCGCCAUGUCCCAGGUUCUGUGUCCAGUUCUCGUGGGGGUUUGAUGGUAAACCAGCAGAUGCCCAUCUCAUUGGGACGGCAGUCGCAGAUGUCCUCGGAUCAUGAUGUCACCAUAGACAGAAACCUUCGGGGGGCCCGCAAUGAAGCGCGCCUUUUUGCUCAAUUGUUGGAGCAGUCCAAAUCAGCAGAUCCCCGUAUGAAAAAGGAUACAAGGGAUAAAGUGCUUUCGUCAGGAGGGAGUGGUUUUUCAGGGACUUCGAGAUCUGAUAAUCUGGACUGGUCAGUGUUCCAGGGCCAUAGCAAGCCCUUUGCAUCCUCAAGCUUGGAUCGUUCAGGUUUUGGUGGCAGUAUGGGUUCAAGCAGUUUGGGCGGCCAACCAUCACGAGAACAGCGGCCAUCGCGCUACACCUCGGAGAGUGCCAGCAGCAUUCUAGCAAGCUUUGGACUCUCAAAUGAAGAUCUAGAGCUUCUGAGCCACUAUCCAGAUGAUCAGCUGACUCCUGACAACCUACCGUUCAUUCUACGGGACAUCCGUAUGCGCAAAUCGAAGAGGAACAUUGCUGAUAUUGAUGCUCGACACAAAGUCAUUGACUAUGGACAUUCAAGUCAAAUGGACUAUCCUGACGAGAACCCUGAUGACUUUGCAAGUGACCACCUACCUGAAGAGUCACCUAAGUAUGGGAGGGAAAUCCCUGGAUCCCUCUUCAGUGGCAUUGAUAUAACAAAGCAUCCUCAGCAAUGCCAACCAGCUUCAGGUUCUGCACAAGUUCCAAAGCUUCCGAAACCUCCAGCGAUGGAAUCAAGACCACCUACAGUGUUUCCAGGAAGACCACCUGCUUCCCAGAAUAUUCUACCACCUACACAGAUUCCACCUCUGCUUGGUUCCGUCCCUAUGAUGAAGGUCGAGAAUAUCCCCGCAGGUCCGAGUGCUAACUGGAUUCCGUUUCUUUCGCCUCCAAUCAACGUGGCUGCCACCAAGAGGCUUCCGACUCCGACCAUGAUGAAUGAUUACUUGGCGUCUACUCCGAGAAUCUUUCCUCAUACGUGCUCUCUAUGUAACAUUGAAUGUGUCCAGAUUAAGGACUGGAUUGAACAUCAGAACACAAAUGUACAUAUUGAGAAAUGUAGGCUUCUAAGGAAACAAUACCCAGACUGGAAUGUUGAGGCUGACUCUGUUUUAAGACCUGAGCCCAAAGCAGAACACAGCAGCAGGUCCAAGCGCCACACCCGAUCUCACUCGUACUCCAGAUCCCCCAGCCCAAAGCGCCGCCAUGACUCGUCAAGCCGCCGCAAACGAUCUUAUUCUCGUUCACAAUCCCGCUCUCGAUCCAGAAGCCCCAGGAGAUACCGCCGCAGCAGCCGGUCUCCACGCAGGAGGACUCGAGCCAGCCCUUACCGACGGAGGUCCCGUACUCCGUCGUACCGACGCUCAAGGUCUCCAGCUUACAGCAGUAGGCGCUCUCCUGUGCACCGGUCGAGCCCCCACCGGCAGCAGAGAUCGAGCAAUAGUGAACUGCUGGCCAAAAAACUUAUGUCAUCAGCUGAGCUCUCCUCAAUUACAGAUAGUAGUACUUUGAAGGCUGUAGUAGAGUCAUUAGCACCGGCCCUAUUGGCGGAACUAGCAAAGAAGAAAAGUAGUUCCUCUGCUGCUUCUGCUUCAAAAGGCAACAGCAGUAGGAGACGGUCUUCGUCACCUAAGAGAUUUGAAUCCUCUUCCUUGUCAACCAGACCGUUAAUGUUGUCUUUUCAUGAUGUAAAGGUCAGAUCCCAGGGUGCUCCAGGCACUUCUUGCUUGCUAAGGAUCACGGGAGUUCCUGUAGGCACUACCAGCAAAGAACUCACUGAAGCCAUUGAACCUUAUGGCAAGAUUUAUACUGCCAUCCUUCUUAAGGCAAUUCAGGAGGCCUCAGUGUGUAUGGAGAGAGAGGAGGAUGCCAGAGUUUUGCUUAAGUGUAAAAACGUGAGAAUUCAUGGGCAAGUUGUUAACAUUUACAUGGAGAAUGGUGACGAUCAUGAGCGAAAGCAAAAUGUUCGGAUGGACAAAAGCACCAAAAAAGAGAUUCCAUUAAAACAAAACAAACCAAGAGACUCCAAAGCCAAGGAGUCAACCACUGCUAAAGCAAAGGAGUCAACCACUGCUAAAGCAAGAGAGUCAACCACUGCUAAAGCAAAGGAGUCAACCACUGCUAAAGCAAAGGAGUCAACCACUGCUAAAGCAAAGGAGUCAACCACUGCUAAAGCAAAGGACUCAACCACAGCUAAAACAAAUGACUCAACCAAUGCUAAAGCAAAAGAGUCAACCACAGCUAAAGCAAAGGACUCAACCAAUGCUAAAGCAAAAGAGUCAACUAAACUCAAGUCAAAAGUUAUUGAAACCAAAAAGACUGUACAAACGCCUAAAACUAAACCACCUGCUAAGGCAUCAGAAACUACAGUUGUCAAAAAGGUAAUAAAAAAGGAAAUCCCUUGGAGAAAAAACAUCAUUGAAAUUACUGAUCUUCCAGAGGAAGGAGUUACAGAGGAUGACCUAACAAAUCUUGCCAAACCCUAUGGCUUCACAUGUACUCCUGUAAUUGCUAUCACUCAGAAAAAGGCUUACCUGCAAAUGCCUGACAAAGCAGCAGCUGAAGCAAUGGUAAAAGCUUUCUCCGAGACCCCGGCUAAAGUGCAGGAAAAAGAAAUAAACAUCAAGAUGAUGUUGCAGCCUAUUGACCUGAACUACACCGAGUCACUAUUUAGAGUACUGGUGGGCAUGGAGAAGUCACCUGAAAUUAUCACAUUACCAGAGCGUCUUCUCAUUGUCGGUAAUGUGCCAAAAACUCUUGAGGCAAUCAAGGAAGUAGAGACCCUAAUCCAGAAGCAUGGUGCUUACAAGAAGGUUUUGCAUCUGAAUGGAAGGGUGAUUUUUGAAAUGGAGAGUGCCAGUAGCGCUAGGAAUAUUUUCAUACGCUUUUUCAAGACUCCUUGUGUGGUCCAGAACAAUUCCCUCACCUUCCAGACAGCCAAACCUCUCAAGGUGAGAAAGAAGCCAGUUGCAAAAGGGGCUACACCUCUUGCUAAAUCAGCUAAGGGAAAUGUUAAUACCCCCGUGGUUAAAAAGACAGUGGCUGCAGCUGCGAGUACUUCUGCUUCUGUGAAGAACAGUGCUGCUGCUUCAACAGCAAGCCUGAUGGUUGACCCUGCUAGUGCCAAGAACAACAUUCCUGCAGUUCCCCCUAUAAAUAAAGAGGUCUCGACUGAUGCUGCUGCUGUUGUACCUGAAAAAGAAGUUACUGCUAAAAGCGAGGAAGCAAAACACAGUGCUGACAGUGUCCCAGACACUACGGUUGAAAACACUGCUGAAAAUACUGUGGCUCCCAGUGCAAUCACAGAUAAUGUGUCUGCUAAUGUAGAAACUACUAAUGCUGAAAGUAAAGUGGAAAGCAGCUCAAAUGAUUCCCAAACUGAAAAGACCCCAGAGGUUGAGUCUGUGGCAGUGAAAUCAGAGGUGGAGGCCAUGGUGGUGACCACAGAGGAUGAGUCUGUUGCAGUGACCCCUGAGGUUGAGUCUGUGGCAGUGAAAUCAGAGGUAGAGGCCAUGAUGGUGACCCCAGAGGUUGAGUCUGUGAAAACAGAACCUUUAAGUCCCACUGGAGAAUCUACAGUAUCAUUGGAGUCUGUCAAAGCUGAGCUUGAAGCUGGAUCCUCUGAUCCUACUUUAGAAUCUGCAACUUCAGAUGGGCCUGUAAACACAGUGCCUGAUUUAGCAUCCUCAACUCCCACCACCGAUGCUGAAACGCAUCAAGCAGAGUGUUUACCCAAAAAUGAUCAGGAGGUCCAGAUAGCUGAAGAUGCUCCUAAAGAAUUUGGUCUUGCCUCUGUGGAAGAGAGUGCAGUGGACAAUGAGAAGUUGGCAGAAGAUGUUAAUGUUGAGUUGAUGCCAAAUUUGGAAGUUGGUGCUUCUGCUAGCAGUGAAGCAACAGAGGACAUGGAGACCCAGAAUCCAGGAGAGUCUAAAGUACAGGAGAUUGAUGAACAAACAGAGGGUGUAAUACCAUCUGAACCUUUGGAUACAGAAGUUAAAUCUCAGUCUAGUGACCAGACCCAACUUGAUGAGAAGGCUCCAUCUGCAGCUGUAGAGUCUGACUCCAUCGCAACCUUAGACCUGCCCUCUUCUGAGCAGAAAGUUAUGCCUGCAUCAAACAGUCCUCAAACUGUGCCAGAGUCCCUUGAUGACCCAUCUUUGGAGUUUCCUCCUGUUACGCAGGAGAUUUUGAAGGCCCUUGAAUUAGCAGUUCAUCAGUGUCGCUUGCAGUCUUCAUUAAAACGUGCUCAAGAGGAAGCCAGACAGAAAGCAGAAGGCGAGAAAAAAGCUGAAGAAAGAACAAGCAGCUCCAGGAAGCCCUCUUUAUCAGAGAAAUCUGCUCAAGCAGUUAAAAAAGGCGCAAAAGCCGAUAACAAAAAAGUGCAGUCUGAAAAGGAGAAAAAAACUCAGAAUUCAGGAUCCAGAAGCAGGCACGUGGACACCUUGUCCUCAGAGGAGGAGUCAUCUUCUAGACACAGAAGCAGGGGAAAUUCUGAAGAAGAUGCCCCUUCCACCAGGCGUGGAGGAUCGUCUGGGUCAUGCUCACGGAAAAGCAGGCAGGAAUCUAGCCCCCCAUCAAAAAGACUGAGGGGGCAUGAUGAUGAUCGCAGGAGUCACAGUAAAAGCUCACAAUCCUUAAGGAGUCACUCAAAAACAAGGUCAACCGAAAAGGCAAGAGAUGAAGAGUCAAACUUAUCUGAAGAACCGUUUCCCUUUAACUUGGAUGAAUUUGUGACGGUUGACGAGGUCGGAGAUGAUGACAAUGUGGUCUUAAGCUCAGAAGCUGUAGCCAAUGAUGAGAAAAUCAAAGAUGAACCCACUGCUCCCUCUCCCAGUAGUAGGUCAACUACACCAUUAGAAUCAAAACAGAAGAGAACUACUAGAUCUACAACAAGGAAGACUAGAUCUUCUGGAACAAAGGACCCUAAAGUUACGGACACUGCAGACAAACAGGAAAACAAGACUGAAGAAACAAAACCAGUUGCAGAGGCUGUGGUAUCUCAAAAGCAAGAUGAGCUCGAAGAGCCUAAGGAAAUGAGUGUAGAUGACCAGACUGAAACUGUUGAAAUGGAAACUCCUGUUGAUGAAUGUGAGGCAACUGAGCCUUGUACUGUAACAGAAUCUUCUGCUCCAACAGAGACUGAUCCCGAUGUUAAUAUAGGGACUGUUUCAGAAAACAUUGACAUCGAGCCCUUAGACCAACUUGAGCAAAGCCACCCUGUUUCUUCCUCCCCUGUACAUACAGAAAGCUGCCUGGCAAUUUCCAACGAAGAGUCAGAUGAUGGUCCAGGGCAGUCUGAGGGCCCUGCUGUCGAUGUGGAGGAUAAGGAAGAGGAAACUGUGAUAUCUGACCUUACCUCUAAUGAGGCAAUGGUGACUCUUGAUGAAGUCAUUGAGGGUGAGGAAGAUGUUCUUAAUAAAACAGACGAGGAACAGCAGUUGAAGGUUGAUGAAGUGCCUGAGGCACUUAUGACCGUCGAUGAGGUUGUGGGAGAUGAUGAAACUGGCAGUGAAGAAUGCGCGCUGGACAAGGAACUUCAAGGUCUUGUCACGCUUGAUGAGAUUGUUGAAGAGGAAGAGUUUGAUCCUGAGACCCUCGUUACUUUAGAUGAGGCCAAGGGUGAUGACGAAGAGAUUGAGGAAGUGAAUCAGAGUGAGGUCAAGCCUGUCAGCCCCAGUAUCACUGCAUCACCCAGACCAGAGGAGCCAGUGGAAUCACCCCACCAGCAAGAAGAGGAGGCCUGUGACUUGGAAGAGCUUCGUAAGAUGAACUUCGUAACUGUGGAUGAAGUGGGAGAGGAUGAAGAGGAGCAACCACCCAGUGAGGAGGUCAGGGGAAAAGAAGUAAAAAAGAGACCUACAAGGGCCAAAAGAAGAUCCCGCAAAACCCCAGUGAGAAGAUCCACAAGGGGUAAAAGAGGGGCGACAGACAGUGGCAAUGUGGCAGAUGAGCCUGAGAUAAGUCCAGAGGGUGACCCAGCAACAACUUCUGCCGUACAGGAAGUUCCUCCCUCAUCUGAAGUCCCCACUGAUGUUGAAAAGCCAGAAUCCCAGAUGCCUGAAGUUGUGAACGUUCCAGAUGCACCAAGCACAGAGCUUGUCACUUUAGGGACAGAAGAAGAGUGCAAUAGGAUCAAAGAUGAUGAUGAUGAUGAUGAUGGCUCUAGAAAGUCAGAAAGACAAGACACUGACAAGAAAACAACAACAACCAAAGAGGAGUCCAAAAAAAGGCGAGAGACUGAGCCAAGCCAGGAACCUGAGGCCAAGAAAGUUUGUUCUAAUUUCCCUGUGAUUGAAGACUUCACCUUGCCCCCAUACAUCCCAAACAACCCCAUUGGGGUUGACUUUGUGAUACCAAAGACGGGUUUCUUCUGCAGACUCUGCUCUCUGUUCUAUGGCAAUGAAGAAACCGCCAAGAACACUCACUGCAGUAGCCUACGGCAUUACCAGAACAUGGAGAAAUAUUAUAAAAAGCUCAAGUCUCAGGAGCAGGGUGGCGGCUCAACACAUAUGACGUCCAGUCAGAGUUCUGCAUCUGAAUAAUCCCUAUAGGGUUUUUUUGUAUAAUCUUAUAAAAUGGGUCCAAGAUUUUUUUGUUAAAUUGUAUUGUAUAAAUUUUGUUUAGAAUGGUAUGCUUUAGCUCAUGCUAAAUAAAGGGAACACAUAACAUACUCAUAAA